AUGGCGACCGCAAUGCUCACAGGUGCAGCUUCUCGGUUUCUUGAUGCUUCUGAGGAGCCUAAUCAAACUUUGUUGCCCAUUAAAGGCUACGAAAAUGAGCCAUUGCUUCCACUUGAAGAAGCUGUUAAGCCCUUAGAUGGACUGGUUGCUGAUCUUGACGAUAUGGUGGAUAUUGCUAAGAGAAACUGUAAAAAGCCAAAUGAUGGUCUUACACCAAAUGAGUCUGCUGCUAUACAUCUCUAUACCAUGCAGUGGGAUGACCCUCAUAAAAGUCUCUAUGCCAUGCUCAAUAGUACACUUCGCUCUGAACGACGUGCGCCGCUCAAACCUUGGUACCGCUACUUAAAACUGAUUCUUACUGGUUUGUUUAAGCUACCAUCAUUGAAGAGUACUGUUUGGCGUGGCGUUUCUGGUAAUUUAAGCAAUCAAUAUGACGAAGAUCUUGUAUGGUGGGGUUUCAGUUCAUGCACUGGAACUUUGGAUGUUUUGGAACAAUUUCUGGGUAUUUUUAUGGAGAAUGAUAGAGCAUCGCAUGCUGAUUUACGCUGA